UGGGAAGCAGAAGUAUCUACUUAUCCUCCGGGCCUUCACUUGGAUCUCGCCUCAGUCUGAAAGCAUGCCACCCCUACCAAGCGGGGGGCUCUUGGGUCCAGCUUCUCAGUUCACCCAUACAACUGAAACGACAGAAUGCAGGGAAGGGGUCGCAGGCACUGGUGUAUUUGGUGAGGGCCUGAAAGUCCGGGGUCCUAAUGGGGCAGAGUACAUGCUAAGCGAGGACUGGCCGCGCCGCGGAGACGCGACCGGGGACACGUAUCGAUGCAUACGACGGAAUAAGGACGGAACAGAAUCAACUGUUGCGAUUAAAGUGGCCAAAUGCUCACUCCAUGAUGUCUUCAGCUCCGCGGUGUCCCAGGAGAGCACCAUUUCCGUGUCUGCGAUGAGCUCUCCGUCAUCGAAAUUGGCUGCUUGGAAUCAAGAGGUACGACUGCUCCGUCGUUUGGCACUCUCGGCGGGUACAAAUCAAAACUGCCACAGGGUUGACGGCUGUGUCGAGGACGGCGCUGCCAAGCCACUGGACGUGAGCGAUGCGGCAUCUUCGACGCGUAGGAACGCGUGCUGCCCACCGGCGCACACGGUGGAGCUGGUGACAGAGUUCGGAGGCUUGAAGUCCCUGCCCUCCAUGCGCUUUCUGGUCACCACGCCGGUCUGCUGGAAAACGCUCGACGCACGAAUCAAGGGUGCGGAGCGUGGUUACAUGGAGGCGUACAGCAGGGAAGAGGCCCUUCGCUGGAGCUGGCAGAUUGUCCGAGGACUCUGGACGCUGCAGGAGGCCGACAUUGGAUAUCGCGCCUUAUCCCUGGCCCACGUCCUUCUCACGCAGCCCAACGGGGACGUGCGUUUGGCGGGCUUCGAUGUCUUGCUCUCGGACGAGGGGGAGGAGGGCGAAGUCCCGGACUCCCGCCGAGGCCUGUGGGCGGUGGGCCGGGUGCUGCACAUGACCUUGACGGGCUCGACGGACCGAGAGGACGACGCGUACUACUACCGCGUGGGCCGACGGGACCUGGCGACGGCUGCGGUGGCGGGUGCAUGGACGGGGGGGGCAGCGGGAAAGGAGGGUCUCCCGGGCACAGGGACCGCGGGGGGGUUGGCGACGGCUGGGCCCCGAGCGGGGCGCGAGGGGGAGGACUCCUGCCCUGCCUUUGGGGCUGGCCCUUGA